AUCCGCGCAUAUAGUUUUACUUCGAUUUUUAAAAGAUAAUAUUCGCAUGAUUGCAGGAUGUGGCUGCAGUAAUUUAGGUUCCAUCAGCCCGACCUGCGACAUAGUGUCCGGACAAUGUCAGUGCAAGCUUAACGUUGUCGGUAGACAGUGCAACGAGUGUAAGACUGGUUAUUGGGGAUUGUCAUCGGGAUCGGGUUGCAUGCCUUGCAACUGCGAUCUCAUGGGAUCUUUCAACACGUCCUGUCACGGCGACGCGGGACAAUGCUAUUGUAAAUCAGGCGUGGGCGGUUCGCACUGUGACGUUUGUCUGCCUGGAUAUUACGGAUUUUCAUCGAAUGGAUGCCAACGAUGUGAUUUGUGCGUGCGACCCGGUCACGUGUGCGAUCCCGACACCGGUCGUUGCGUGUGUCCACGUCUGACCUACGGCGAACACUGCGACCGGUGCAUACCCGGUUCGUGGGAUCUGGUGCCACGUGUUGGAUGUAGACCCUGCGCUUGCACCCUGGGCGCGGUGCGAGCCGAGUGCGAUCGUCAGGGUCAGUGCCCUUGCAGGAUCGGCUACGACGGGCUCAGGUGUGAAAAAUGCGCCAGAGGCUACUACGGUUAUCCGAGAUGUCGUCCCUGUGGCUGCAACGUCGCCGGCACAACGCAGUGUCGGGACGGUAUCUGCGAGUGCAACGACAAGGGACAGUGCCCUUGCAAGGAACUGGUCAUCGGGCGACAGUGCAACAUGUGCACGAAAGGUACGUUUGGUCUAUCGAUAGAUAAUCCAAAGGGAUGCACGCAAUGCUUCUGUUUCGGGAGAAGCACACUUUGUCAGCAGGCUGGAUUCAGUUGGGGUCAACGUAGACUGACACGUCCCCGUGUUCUUUACAUUAACGACACAGUCAACGAUAUAAUAAUAACGAAUUUCGGCUUCACAACCACAUUGCCAGCGGUAAACGGUGGCCUGAACGUGACGAACGGCCUUACCGUAAUUCCCGAAUCUGAUGGUGACGUCACAUUACCUUCGAAUCUUUAUUCCAGUUAUCCCUUGUAUUGGAGAUUGCCAGAUUCUUUUUUGGGUGAUAAGGUUGGUUCUUACGGAGGAUUCCUGCGCUUUAAAACCUUGACAGAAGGUGGGACACCUUUGAGGUCGAAUCACCGAUAUCCACUGGUGCAGUUGCAAGGCAAUACCAAAAUUGUUUUGGAAUAUUAUCUACUUCAGCCAGUGAACGAUAAUCGCUAUGAAGUUAGGUUUCACGAGUCGUUGUGGCAGUUACAAAACCGACCGGAUUACAAAGUUUCCAGAGAGGUGCUAAUGGUUGCGUUACAGAAUCUGCAAUACAUUCUCGUGAAAGCUUCGGAUAACGCUGAAUUCACCAAAACCACACUUUUAGAGGCGUCUCUCGACGCCGCCGUUUUGACACCUACACACUCGCCACCGCUGGCGAUCGAGGUUGAAAUCUGUCAGUGCCCGACGGAAUACAACGGCACGUCUUGCCAGGAUCCCAGCAUCGGCUAUUACAGGUGGUACAAGAACACCACGGUCACGUCCACCAUCGUGAUCGAUCUUGUUGGACAAGCCAGGCGCUGCCAAUGUAACGGCAGAUCUGAAAUGUGCGACAAGGAGACGGGAUAUUGCUUGAACUGCAGAGAGAACACGGUCGGUCCUCACUGCAACGUUUGCGCCGACAGUUUUUACGGUCAUCCGGAAUUCGGAGGCUGUAAGCCGUGCCCGUGUCCGCAAGUUGACAAAAGAUUUUCGAGUACUUGUGUCAUUCGCGCGGACAACGAACCCAUUUGUCACUGUAAACCAGGAUACGUUGGUAGAAAAUGCGAACGUUGCGACUACGCUUACUACGGCUCUCCCGAUUUUCCGGACGGCAAGUGCGUUCCGUGUAAUUGCAACUUGGCGGGAAGUUUGAGCGAGGCCUGCGACAGCAAAACUGGACAGUGCAAAUGCAAGUCCGGUUCUACGGGAAGAGAUUGUUCUCAGUGCACGGCAUAUCGUCACGUUUAUAUAAAUGACGUUUGCACAUCGUGCGACGAUAAUUGCACGGGACUUUUGCUCGAUACCGUCGCGACGCUGUCCAAAGAUCUGGCCGAGGGAACGGGUCACAUAUCAGACGGCUAUAUUCCACCGCCGUGGGAGGAGCUGACGUACAUCGAUUCCAACACAACCGUUUAUUUCGAAGAACUGGAGCUGCGGACUCGGCUAGAAGAAAGGAUGAAAGCUACGCCUUUGCACGAGUACAGAAAACUCAUGAAUGAUGUUGAAUCUGUGUUGAGAAAUACGAACAAGCGCGCGAAUCACGCGGAGACAUUAAAGAUCAAAAGUAAUGACUUGAACAAUAACGUUUACACCGCGAAGAUCGAACUCGAUAAGUUGAGACGAGACAUAAACGAUACAAUUUCGCAACUCACUCAGUACAGCAAUGACAAUAAGAAAGUGGAGAUAAGGAAGGUUUUGCAAACGGGAAAGAUGCUUUUGAAUUACAUAAAGUCUAUCGACAUAGCUACGAGAACCACGGAAGUAGAGAAUUUUCUCGACGACGUAGCUAAGUAUGUAGCGUGGCUGAACUCUCUAGACGAUGUAACGGAGCCUCUCGCGACCGCCGAAGAUGAUGCCGAAGAUUACGCGGUGAAAGUCAAAGAUUUGAGAACGAUAAUAGAAGAAACUAUGGAGUCGCUUUUUACCUACGACGGUUUGUACAACAAGAUUAACAGGACAUUCGUCGACGCCAAGAACCAAUGCGAUCGUAUCGAGGCGCUGCGUGACACGACGAACAAAUUGAUCAACGAAGGAGACAAAUUCGUUGAAAAAGCAUCUGGUUUGCUCGUCGAUGCGGAAAACAAUAUUCAAGAUCUGCCAGAAUUGCGGGACAAAUUGACGACUUGGGCAAAUAAUUUGACCAUGAAAGAGGAACUUCUGUACCGAUUAAAUUACGAAUACAACGAAAAGUAUGUUGUGCCAGCGGUGCAACAUGCGAAGAAUCUGUCCAAUUACGCCGAUCAGUACGUCAGCUUGUUUGCCAAGACGCGAGACAUCGCGGCGAGCCCUUUGAAAGCUAGUCAAGCCUACAAGAAUAUCGUCGAUGGUUUGCAAAAGGCAAAGGUUACCGCAUUGGAAGCCAAGGAAAUUGUCGACGAAAUAUACGAGAAAGCUUUUCCUCCUUUUGGACGGAAAUCGUUGUUGGACGAUGCAAACGAGGUGUCGGAGAAAUCCUCGCAGCAGUGGAAAACGGCGAAGGAACAUGGUAAAUUGAUUGACGCUGCAAAUGCCGAGCUGGAAAAUCAAAAGCAAGCCGUGCUCAAUUUGAAAGACGCACUUAACAGCACUGGGAUAAAGGACAACGAAAUAAAUGUGAAAUUGCGAGAUCUGGAGAGUAAAAGGAAAAAUGUACAAAAAAACUUGCACAACAUUUUGGAGAAAAAUGACGAAGUCUCGAGAUCGAUACAAGAUACGCAACGACUGAUCGACGACUACCAGCAAGGUAUCACUGACAGACUGAAGACGAAGCUGAACGAAUUGAAACGCGAUGGCGAUGCCAAGAUUGGUCUGGCCAGUGAGAAAUUAACAGAAGCGCUGGGUAAUAUCAAAAAAGCCGAUGGGAAACUGAUAAGCUUGUCGAAUGCUGCAACAAAGAGAAAAGCUGCUUUCGAUAAAUGGAACGACACUUUAGCCACGAAGCUGCAAAAUCUCAAGAAUAAAAUAGCGGAAGCUCGAAAUACUGCUGACGUGAUUCGCGUCUCUUUGAGGUCGGCGGAAGGUAAAGAGUGUAUUCGUUCGUAUAGACCGGAGGCCACACUGCAAUCCUCGUUGACAACUUCGAUUGUAAUUACGUUUGCGCUUCCGACAACGGGCAGUGAGGGUUCUCUGUUUUAUCUGCCCAGUGGAAUCAAUGAUGAUUUUAUCGCUCUGGAGAUAGUUAACGGAAAAGUGCGAUUUUUGUGGAAGAUCGGUGGUGGCAUGGGUGUACUGACGCAUCCUGAAGUACUCGAGAACGGUGAUCCGCAGAACGAUACGUUUUGGUAUCGUAUCGAAGCUGAGAGAACUCGGCACGUAGGCAAACUGAGCGUACGUAAACAGUCCUCGACUUCUGGCAAGUUUCUUCCUGUCAUCAAUUCGACCAACUUCGAGUAUGGUCGUUUCGACGUUCUGCCCACAGACCGAGUAUGGAUAGGCGGUAUUCCCAAAUCGCAGAGAAGACCGCCAGAACUGAUGGCGGCUAACGGUCUUCCGGGUUGCGUUCAUCAGGUAAUCCUCGACGGGAAGCAGAUCGGUCUCUGGAAUUUCGUCACAACCGCGCCGGACAUGGCUUGCAUACCUUGCGUGGAAGGAGUGGAAGACAUUCGAGAUGACUUAGCUUAUAGUUUCAACGGCGAGGGAUACGCCGUGAGAAACAGGACUUCAUCUGGUCCUUACAAUAAAUACACGUUUGGCGUCUCGAUCAGUUUUCGAACGUACGACGAGAACGCGUUGCUAUUUCUAGCCAUUAAUGAAAAUAAUCAGCACAUCAUGAUCUUCUUGCGGGAGGGCAAAGUGAUUCUGUACAUCGGCUACGGCGGCAACGUUAGUAUAGAGAUGUCCUCGACGCACAAAUACAACAAUGGCAGUUGGACUAAGGUGGAAGCUUUCCGGCAGUAUCAGGUUACCAAGGGUAUCGAGAAAUGCAGCUUGAGCGUCGGCGGCGACGUCAAGCGAAUCGGGUCGCCCAGGCCGUUGCCCGAGAAGGAGGACAUCCCGGAUCUUGCGCAAGCCAAGUAUUAUAUCGGCGGAGUGCCGCCAAGCUUUCGCGCCGAAAAUGUCGUGUUACCCUCCCAAGUAUCGUUUCUCGGUUGCAUGGCUAAUAUUGUAAUUCAGGAAGGCUACGAUCCGAUGGCCGAGGAGUAUCAUGGGGUGGAACCCAACUGCGGUAAUAAGCCGUUGAGGAUAGUUGGAUUUAACGGAGACGGAUAUCUUGAGCAUUCCGCAUUUACCUUGCGCAAGGUCAACUCCUUUUUCAGCUUCUCCUUCAGAACCAUGCAAGAAGCAGCUAUGCUGCUUCUCUCCACGUUUGAAGGUCGCGAAGACAAAUUGGGCGAAUAUAACACGAGCAUAGAAACAAACGUAAGUUCGAGAAAUGAUUAUUACUCCGUAUGCGUUUUCAACGGACAAGUUCAGGUUCGUUUGAACGCCGGCAAAGGCGAAUUGGUUCUUCAGUCGAACAGCACUUUUAACGACGGAAGAUACCAUUCGGUCACCGUCAUCAAGAAGAGAAAAGAAGUGGAGCUAAGAAUCGACGAUGCGUAUCAGACCUCGGGUAGACUGCCUACCAACGCCGCUAUUAGAGCCCCAACUUCGAACGGAGGACUGUUUUUCGGCGGUCUGCCCUCUCUUCUCAACAAUACCAAGAUGGUCGGCACACACACGCCGCUUUACGGUGCUAUCAAGGAUGUGAUUUUCAACGACGAAAUUCUUCGAUUCGACAAUGCUUUUAACUUCGAUAACGCUCUCAUCGGCCGUCCCGGACCGAAUAUGGGAAAGGAAACCCCGAAUUACGCGCCCUCGGCAUCGCUAUCCCGCGGGAUGUCCACGCAACCUGAGGGAUGUCUGAAAGUGCCUUACUAUUCGCUCGAACAGGGCGCUCUGAAAUUCGGCGACAAACCGUACAGUCACACGCAGCUUUAUCUCAAUUUCAAGAAAUUCUGGGAAAAGAAGUACACGAUAGAAUUUGACUUCAGGACAUACUAUCCCAACGGGUUGCUUUUCAUCACUCCGGGUCUUAAGAUAACGCAUUUUCUGAAAAUGGUCAUCCGUGAUGGACAGCUUCUCACGUUAGUGAAGAGCAGACAAAAGAAGGAGAUACUGUUCAAGACUCCGUUUAACGACGGCAAUUGGCAUCACGUAGUUAUCAGCCACGACGAGAGAAGACUUACCGUACUGGUGGACUCUCAGACACCGCGCUUCGUCCGAGUACCGAGAAGAAUCGGUCUGGCGCCUAUGAUGUAUAUUGGCGGUCUUCCGGAAAGCGGAACACCUUUUCAGGAACAAGUGGUCGUCAAACUGGAGACUCUGAAGGGAUGCAUCAGAGGAAUGAAGGUCAACGGACAUAUUCACGAUAUGGUGGGCUCUACCAGCAGAGCGUUCAACGUCGGCCAGUGUUUCCCGAGCGUCGAAAGCGGAGCGUAUUUCCAGGACGAGGCGUACGCCGUUUACCAGAAAAAUUUUGAACUGGGCGUUGCGCUCGAGCUCCAACUGGAGUUCAGAACGUCGGAGUUGUCCGGCGUGUUGCUGUCUCUUAGCGCUCCUGGUGGAUCGCCUUCUCUGUCGUUGGAGCUCAAUAACGGUAGAGUUAUCAUGGCGGGUGAUCUUGGCGAUAAGAAUCCGUUAUACGUGGAACAGCAAUUUUCCAGCCCGUAUGCGAUUUGCGACAAUCGAUGGCACAUGAUCCAGGCCACGUACAACGACGAAGAACUAGCGCUCAAAGUUGACGAGCUGGAUCAGAAGUACGGCCUACCGACGAAAGUCAAUCAUUUCAUGAGUUCCAUCACGCCCGGCCCUCUGUACAUAGGUGGUAUACCCGAAACAGUACCGAAAGGAUCGUUGAUAACACGGGACCAUUUUAACGGGUGCAUCAGGAACGUGAUGAUCGGAACAGACAGGAGAGACUGGACGGACAUGGCCGAGUUGCACAAUAUCCAUCUGAGCUCCUGUCCGGUUGAAUGAAACAAAUUGAAAUAAGCGCGAAUAGGAAAAAAAAAAAACAAUUGCCCUCGCACUCUCUCGAGCGAAAAGACUCGUAUUUUCCACCUACUCAGAUCGUUCAACAUCACUGUCCUCUUAGUCCCAAAGAAACUGCUCGAGAAGUCGCGUCGGAUUUUUGCAAUCGCACUGAGAUUAACGUGCCAUAUAUAUUCGCAGGCGACGAGUUUUCUAAGAUGUAAGACUUUUUUUAUACAAAGCCAAAAGAUGCUACAAAAUAGACCGUAAAUGUGUGUCGUAGUUCUCGAUAAUAGAAGAGAUGCAGAGACCGUGCACGCGCGGUCUUGCUGCGAUAUACAAACGAUAAUGGCACGGACAAUUCUGUCACACACACGCACACACGCGCGCGCGCGCACACACACACAGUAGGACAGCAAUAUUUGCUUUACAUGUAAGUAGCGAGACCACUGCCAUAUAGUUUAAUUAUUCGCCAUAAGAGUUAUAAACAAGUUUUGUACAUCAGUAUUUAAAAAUCGUUAUUUAUUAUAUCACUUAACGUAGUUUAAUUCUCGUGAGAUCUCGUGAUCGUCGUGUUGACUAGAUAGCGAAUAUGAAACGAAAUGCGAUCACGUUUUGUGUACUUUUAUAGCAACAGUAAGAUUUUUAACAAAAAAUCUGAAAAAACAAUACGACCGGUGUGUGUACGCACAGUGGCGCGACCAUAGAUAAUCUCAGUUCUUUUUUUGCGGAACACGCGUCAAAGAUGCCAUCGAGGAGUUACGCUUCUGUACGUACAAGCGUGUACUUCGGUCUGUAAGAUAUUUGUGGAACGGGAGUAUACGUUGUCGAAGAUGUGUUUUUAUUCGAAGAAUUAUGAAAACCCCAAGUGCCCUGUAAAAAAACAUAUCUUUAACACAAGGAAAGGGAGGAAAAAGAGACACUUCUCGAAGAAUAAUUUUAACCCUUCGACUGUAGACAUAAAAAAAAAAAAAAUCUACGAGAACCUGUAGACUGGGACCCACUUUGUGAGACCAGGGACUUAUACCGAUAUGCAAAAUACCGGUAUUUUACCGAUAUUUUUGGGUAAUACUAUAAAAACCCUUAUGCAAACCGAAAUGC